UAUGUAAAUUUACCUUGUGCUGGCGGCAUAUUCAAAAUAGAAAUAUACAACAGUCCAUCAUAUUGUAUUUACAACUUCGACCAAACCUCCAACACAUUUUCUCUAUUUUCGUCGAUUCCUGAAAAGACGCAUCUCUCACAAUUGCCUCAUGAGCUAACCUUCAAUGAGUGAGUAAAUAUUUUGGGCAAGCAUACACAAGCAUGAAUUGUUACUGAUCAAUCAUACUGCUGGAUAGACAUAGUAUUUAAUUCCGCGAUAACAAAUUAGACACAUCCCAUCGCAUCGAGUUUCUUCAUUUGUAAAUAUUGGCCAGAGCCAUAAUGGCGGGCUUCAAUUCUUUUAAUCCUCUUAAGGCCACCAAACGACAUACGCAAUAUUCAGGCAUACCUCCUGCCCAAGAAGAGCAGCCUCGAGACUAUGAUGCUGAGAAGUAUGGGCACCAUGACGAAUCCGACGAAGAAGAUACGGACUAUUCCUCCUAUCCAUCAUCGCCUUCCUCUUCAAGGGAGACUUCGAAUUCAUACCAUUCCAAUGCUCCGAUACUGCGGAAAAGAGCAAAUACAGCUACACCACGACCAGCUCCAAAAAGAUUACCUCCUAAGGUUAUGAGAUAUCUGUGUUUAGCCAUGAUAUCUACCAUUGUUAUAUUUAUGCUAAGUUUGGUGCGAAUGAGCCAUAUAUCAACACAGAAAGUCCAAGAUGGUCAUGCAUCAGCACCACCACCUCCUCCGCUUUGGGAAUCAUUCCCAUUUUUAUCGCGAUACUACGGUGGAAUAAGGACAUUGGUCCCGCUUUCUGAGAAUAAACCGGAGUAUCCUCGUGAGGAGGAUGAGUUGCCUCUACAGAAUAAGACCUCAAUCGAGGAGAUGGCUACACCUGCGCGCGGUCUUCCGGCUAGCAAAUCAUUCCAGCCAUAUACUAACAUAACAUCCGGCGUUUUCAACGACGACUAUGCGCCUGUUCAGGAGUGCUUCCUCGAUCGCGAGAAUACUGUUCGUGCGCCACGACUACAAUACUACGAAGGCAGGCCGAGCGGGUUCCCGAACCAUAUCAUGGGUUCCUAUGAAGUUCUCGGCUUACCAGAAGAUAUUUGUUUCGAGCGAUAUGGCAGGUUAGGACCUUACGGUUAUGGGUAUGGUUUGAGAUAUGGAGGAACUGGAACGGGACAGCAUGGAGAAAUGGAAGGCGCGCAAGCUGUAUGGACAGAAAAUUCAAACGCCGAGAAGAUGCAUUCUGGUCAGGUUGACUACAGAAAGGUCGAUUGGGCGGAUGCUCAGAGGAGAUGCCAUCAAAGGAAUGCGGCACGUUUUCAGCCAUUCGAUCCGGUCGUAAAGAAACCCACUACAUUUUCAACUCUUACUGAAGAAAAAGAUAGUCUCCUAUUAAAAAGGGAUGGCUUGCUCGAAUCCGUUCCCAACACCACGUCAAACGCAGCCGAUACCACCUCUAAGGUCGUCGCAACACCACCAAAAAAGUAUCUUCCACGCACUGCAUUUGUCAUUCGACUCUGGGAUGAAUAUGUGUGGCGAGAGGAGGACAUUAUGGCGCUGAGAGCAUUGAUAUCUGAGGUCUCUAUUGGUUCAGGCGGCCAAUACGAUGUCCAUCUCUUGGUUCAAGUCAAGGACUCUGCCGUGCAUCCCGUCUUCGCAGAUGAAGAAAUAUAUCAACAGCAUUUGAAAGACUGUCUACCUGAAGAAUUUGUUCGGAUUGCGACAUUCUGGAGUGAGACUCAAAUGCUUAUGCUCUACCAAGGCUUGUUUGACACCUUUAUUCGUGGUCUACCGGUUCAUGGAUCCUACCGGGGACUUCAGAUGGCAAUGCAAUGGUUUGCUCAUAAUCAUCAGGAAUACGAUUUCUUCUGGGAAUGGGAGGUUGAUAUUCGAUAUACUGGCCACUGGUAUCACUUCCUAUCAAAAAUCGAUGCCUGGACAAAGGAGCAGCCUCGGAAAGGACUUUGGGAGCGUAAUAGUAGAUACUACGUCCCAGAAGUUCAUGGCACAUGGGAAGAUUUCAAACAAAUGGUUCGUGUACAAACCGAGAUUGGGACCGAUAAUCCAAACAACAUGUGGUCAGGCAUAGGCGGUCAAAAGGGCGAGAAGAGCGGACCGGUGCGCAAAGGCGAGAAACCAGUCUGGGGUCCCCAGCGUCCUUCAAAUCUGGAUGACUGGUUUGAGACUGAGAAUGAUCCCGUUCCUCCUACUAGCUACGACAAGGACAAAUACACGUGGGGUGUUGGUGAAGAUGCUGACCUUAUUGUGUUUAACCCACUUUUUGAUCCGGAUGGAACUACCUGGCUUCUUGCAGACGAUGUCACAGGCUAUAAUCUCACUGGAGGUUUACCACCUCGCCGAGCGACUAUCAUUGCAGCUGCGCGGAUGUCUCGUAAACUACUUAAUACUAUGCAUCGUGAAACCACAUUUAUGAAGCAUCAUGCUUUUACGGAAAUGUGGGCUCCAACAACUGCCUUACAUCACGGUUACAAAGCCGUCUCUGUUCCUCACCCAAUGUUUGUUGAUCGUGAAUGGCCAACCGAGUACCUUGCAAGCAUUAUGAACGGAGGCAGGAAUGGUGCCACCGGUGGAGCACGAACCUCUGUAUUUGGCGACCGAGAACACAACCUCCGCGGGAUGACUUGGUUCUACAACACCGGAUUCGCACCCAAUUUAUGGCGAAGGUGGCUCGGUUUCAAAGUUGAUAAUGAAGGGGGUGAAGAAUUUGAAACAACUAUUAAUGAAGGCAGAAAUGGGCAACAUGUCAAUGACAUGAGAGGUGGGGAAGGCCGAAUGUGCUUACCGCCUAUGUUAUUACAUCCAGUGAAGGGUGUAGAAAUACCCGUGGAAGGAUUACCUCGUCUAAAUGAGGAACAGUUGCCGGAAAGUGACCCGACGGCAUGAUUUGUGCAUAUUGUCACAUACGAGUAUAAAAGCUUAAUAAUGCUCCAUGGUGUUUUUGAAAAACUUUGAAUCGCCUUUCUUUCUCCUUUUCUGCGAUUGCUUGCUUGGGAUAAAGGCAUUACUGAGAAGCGUGGCGUUCGAGCGGCAAGAGUAUGGUUUUAUGAACGGAAGCAAUUGCAUUAUGAUUUUCUUUUAAGAAGAGAGGUGCUGGUAGUAGUUGUUGUUAAGAGAAUAAUAUGGGACGGUAGUGAGGAAUUCAUUGAGUCAGGGUACCUAAAUGAUGGGCGAUGAGUGAAUUUGUGGUUGAAUAACAGUGAAAGGGGUAAUACAUCACCUCAUACCUCAUGCCUUAUGAUGAUGCACGAAUAGAAUGGUGGAGGGAACUACAGUUGAAACUUGAUAGAGUAGAAUACCUAUAUACAUGAAAUCCACCCUCACCUCAUCCAAUACUUUCAACCAAAGCAAAAAUG